AUGAAGAUCGACUUGGUCUUCCUUGCUUCUCUCUGUGCCAACAGUGCACUCGUUUCUGCCCUACCGGCCGAUACAGCCGACACCGCUCUUCUUCUUUUGGGAGAUGGCACCACACAGACUAUAAACAAGAGAGACCUAGCUGCCAAUCUACCUGGAGUCUCUCUGUCCCCGCCUACGAAUUCUCCCCCGAAGUUCAUUGAGACUGGAUCUAAUGAUUCCGCCCCCUCGAGACGUCUGGGCAAGCGCUCCGGUGCCCAAUUCAUCAUCUCUCUUCCUGACGAGAAAUUCCUCGGCUGGGACAUCGCAAUGUCUAGCAUCGUGCAUGCCAACGAAGCCGAUGCCACUGCUGCUAUGGCAUCAGGCCAAUCCAUCGCAAACAGUAUCACGGUUGGCGCCUCGUAUACCGCCACCGUAGAAGGGUUCCUAAGUGUCGGUGCCACCGUCAGCUACCAGUACACCGAAACUGCUACUCUCACCGGCACGGUCACCAUGACAAUCCCGAAGAACAAGUGGGGGGCGAUUGUUAGCAAUCCUUUGACUAACCGCAGAAGCGGAUACGUAUUCAGCGGACAGCCUGGAAGUGGACAAUAUGAACACUUCCAGGCGGAUUCUUUCACCCAGGAUACUUACAAGUAUGGUGCCAACUCCUUGUCUUGGGUAAAGGGUGUUGUUACCACUUGCUUGGGAGACACUUACCCUCUGAAGCGCUGCGUCGGAGAUGGUAGCUUGGAAUAA